UGUUCACAUUUAUUAAUGCUAAAUGAUUAUAAUGCAUCGUGUUCAUUUGACAUUUAAAUCCCUAACUGAAUUAGAAUUAGAGUAUUUAAUUUUUAGUAAAGUUUUUUAAAACUUCCAAAUUGGCAAGUCUAGCAAGCACCUGGCAUAUUGACACCGAAAAUGGCGUCUCCCUCAACACAAAGUACACCGUGUACUCCGGCGGGUGGAAUUAAAACUUACGGAGAAAAGCCUAAAUCAUUUAAAAUCGAAGAAGAUGGAGAUGCUUAUUACAUUGGUUCUGAGGUUGGAUUUUUUUAAAAAGUUGAAUAUAUAUUUUGCAGUUCGUCUAAUCUCUUGAGGCCUUGGUUAGCCUACAUGAAUUCUUUGUUAGUAAUUUCUAACAUUAUAAAUUAGUUUGUUGACGCCGAGGAAUACUUCGGAAUAAUAGGUUAUUGCUACAUUAAUUCAUUUAGUCAGUUCGCUCUAUUUUAAAAGUAAUAAAUAUGAUUGAAAAAUAGGUAAAAGUGCAGUUCAGGUGCGUAUAUUAUUUCUUAGCGCAUUUCGUAUUUUAAUUUUUUUUUAUCAUGUAAAAUGUAAACUUAUGUGUAUUCUUUAAUAAUUUAAUACAGGCAGUUAUAGUUAACUAAUUCUGAAUUAUAACUCGCAUCUUUUCUUUUUAUUCUACUUCUAAAUAGUCUUUAAACAUCCCCCAACCAAAGUGACACAGCCCCAUUUGUUUGUAUUUUUCUUUUUACGCUAUGCCAGAUUUUUAGCCACCUAUAAGUUAGUAUGCUAAACGAAAUUUUCAAACUAAGCAUGUAAAAAAAAAAAAAAAAAAAAAUUUUUUCUUCCCCCCCCCCCCCCCCCCCAAAAAAAAAACUUUCUUUUUUUCCCCUCUCAGAGAGCUCGGAAUAUAGGGGUUGUCCUUUGAAGUCGGGUUGGGGGGGGGAGAGAUUAGAAGUGGAUCACUGACUAAGGCAGUGGACACACACGUCAUCAUCGCCCUGGACCUGGUGUGAAGCUGAUCACCCUGAAGGCUGCUAAUACGCUGUCCGUGAUUGGUCAGCUUUAAUUUGAGCACCCCUCCUCUUUUUUCGUAUGCAAAUGCGCUUAUUACUGGUGACUGAUUUGCGCUGAGUAGAGUGAGGGCUAGUGAUUAUUUUUUUUAAUAUUAUAAGACGGACUCGUUUUGGCUUUGCGGUAUUGCUGGUUGUAGGAACAUUUCGUUUAAAAUUUUCAGGACGACCAAGAAACAAUAGCUAAAAUUGUUGAUGCAACAGGCAUUUUUAAUGGUGCAGCAUUUGGUUUAUACGCGCACCUUGUGGGGCAACAAAUAACAUUAAUACAACUGGAAUUUCUCCUAAGGCGCUCGUAACAAUUGCAAUGUGGCUUGUAAGCUGGGUUCGUAUGUCAAGUAUGUGAGCUCCCCAUAAUUACCGGGAUCUGCAUAUCACCCGAAACGGGAGCUCACCGUAACCGGUAUCCCCGCCAGGAUCGGUAACCCACCGGGAUCAGGAUCUCACUAGGAUCAAAAUCCUAUCGGGAUCGGAAUCUCACCGAAACGGGAUCCCACCGGAUUGGGAUCUCAUUUAGUUUGGGAUAACACCGGAAACGGAUCUCACCGGGAUCGGAAUCUCACCCCAUGACCAGGAUUCUAUCGGAAUCACAUCGGGUUCGGGAUCCCAUCAUGAACCUUCCGGGUGCCAUCGGAAAACGGGAAAAACGAAAGGUUUACAUAAGUUAUUUUACUUGUUUUUAAUAGGAGACAAACUAAUUAUUAUUAUUUUUACUAUAGUUUUGUUGUUGACAUUUCCUUUAAUAACAAUGUGAACUAAAAGGACGGAGCAGAUAGUUUUUUCUGAAUGCAGCCCCAGACAACUCCGGUUAUAGUUGAUAGUAAAGUUAUAAAAUAAAUACAUCAUUUAUUUUAACAAGAUUCAUCCAAUUGGGCAACUUUUAUAAAGUAUCUUUAAAGACAGAAGAGUUAUCCUUGAUUUACCACAAUGGCUCCGUAAAACACGAAAGAUUCAUAAAAAUGUACUUUUUUUAUCUCGUAAAAUUUGUUAAAUUGUUGUUGUAUUCCAAUAAAAAGAUGGUAUAUAACUUUUAAAAUACUUUUUUAAAGAAUUAACAUAAGUUUACACGGGAAAAUAAUAGAUUCAAACAGAACUAAUUGACAAAUGUAAAUAGAUCAGUGAUCAGGCCGCUGUACUGUGGACACUGUGGUGGGUGGUGUGCCCAGAACGUCAUUGUCAUUAUUAUUUGUAAUUAAUAUAAAUUCAGCACUUCGGUAAGGCCCUGGAAAUGCUGAUAACCGUAUAUGGGGAUUUUGUUGUCAAAAUAGGGACCUUCACUUUUUAAUUUACAGAGAGUAGAGAGUGCCGAUUUUUACGAUUUUUGUCCAAUUAUAUCUCAGCAAACACCUUCUUAUAGUUUAUAGCCUUCUAUUUCCGCCCACAUCUUAAUCUAAGAGAAGACAUAUUGUUUUUUCAUUGGCAGUGUCUACACGUCCGGCAGUGUCUAUCUCCCGCACUAUUUGUCUGGCGACCAAGUCACAUGACCGCCGUAACAAAUUGGCGAGAGAUAUCUUGUCGGUCAGCCUUGUCACGUGACUGCGAAUAAUUCAAAACUAUUGUUAAUUUUAAAAUCUAUUUCUCUACCAAGAAAUGUACUGAGUAUCUUGCAUGCAAAUAAUAGAAAAAAACUUAAGUGAAAGUGGCUUGUAAACAUUUUUGCUUAGUUUGUUAUUUGAGUUUGUGCACCAGUAAUCCAUAAAAUAAAUUAGGGGCCAGUGUGGAGUAGGCAACCAAUAAAAGUAAAAGAUUUCAUUUUAAAUUGUUACAAAAUAUUUAAACACUUCUCAUGAAACUACUGUUGCUGAUGAACAUGAUAAUAUAAAUAUAGUAUAAAAUAUUUUACAUUAAAAUGGCAGGAAAAAAAAUGAUCCUAUCCCCGGUAUUGAUCCUCACAACAUAAUAUAGUCAAGCGACCAAUCUACCACUAGACCACACAAGAUCUACCACACUGUACUUCGUUCGGAAUUAUAAAAAUACUAGCCGUCCGGCGGUCACGUGACAUCCCGCCAGACGUAUAUCUUGCGCACUAUUUGUCCGGCGCGCCGGAUGUGUAGACACUUUUAACACUUAGGUUCCAAAAAGAAUUUUAAGGCUUCACUUUGAAAAUUGAAGGUAAAAUAAUGCUAACUUUACCGAACUUUGCUCGUUCGUAUUUUAUUUUAUGGAAAGCAUAUAUUGCUUAACUCUUUUGAUGCAGCGCAUCAAAAUGCAUUUUCUUCCGCCGUGCUAAAAACCACAUCCAAAUGCGCUGUGCAUUGUUUCAAUAUCAUGGUUGUUUUUUGUUAUUUCCUCUGUUAAACUUUUUUUAUUUAGACUUUUACAUUGGUGAUACUUUAUUGUUUAUGAGCGAAAAAGUUUAUUUGUUGUCAUUUGAAUCAUUAUAUUAUUAUUAUUAAUAUUCUUCGCUGUUUUUUUUUAAAAAUUUUUUAUCACAGUUUAAGUUUCUUUUCUGUUACUUAUUUUAGUUAGUCUCAAGAAAUAAGUUUAAAAAUAAAUUGUCCAUUCAAUUAUCUUUUAGUUGUUACCAAAUUUAGGCUUAUAACCCAAACAAAAAUAUUUUAAAUAAUUUGAUUUGGGGAGUGGGUUAAAUAAGCCUCAUUAUUACAAUUAAUAUAUUUAUUAGUUAUAUAGGCCUAGAAUAGUAUAUUUAUAUAGUAUUAUAAAAUUAUAAGCAUAGUCCUGGCCCUACCCCCAGUUAUUAUUUGUAGGACCCAUUAUUCAUUACUUGUACUUAUAUUUUAAUGCUUAUAAUGAUGAUUCACGAAGCAUAAAUUAAGAAAAAUGUAUUAAAAAAAUAUUCACUUACCAUUGAUAUUGAAAUAACCUAUAUUUAAUCACAUAACACAAUAUUCCACAAGAGAUUAUUAUAUAAUCCUCAGUGCUCUCAAAUAAAAAAACUCACUUUCUGCUACAAUAAUCCAAGAAUUACUUAAGAUGUUACUAAAGAACAAUCAUAAAACCUUGUACUUACCUCAAUCAAAUGACUAUUAAAUUAAUUUCUAUCAAACAACAAAGUUGAUUCUAACAAUACAUGUUGAUUUGUGAAACAACAUUACUACCUUAAAAUAAAUGACAUACUAAUUUUUUUUAGUUAUAUUGAUAUGGGAAUAAAAUAACAUAUAUAUAGAAAAUGGUAAAAUAAAAACUAUAAUCAACAAUUAUAACUAAAUGAAUCAAAUAAUCCCUGUAUUCUUUGUUUAUAAAUGUUAAACAGUUACAGUGAAAAUUUAAAAUUAAUAUCUAAAGAAUAGUAUUAGUAUUAUUGGGAAAUUUAAAAAUAAUAAAUUUAAACAUACAUAAUUAAAAACAAAUAAGUGCAGAGUCAGCAUAUUUAAUUUUAAUUUAGGAAAAUGAUCUAGAUUUUUUUUUUUAAUGUGCAGAAUAUUAGCAAAACUUAUAUUUUGUUGUUUUAUUUAGAAGAAGUCAUUUUAACUAUGUUUCCUGUAAAUAUGAUAUUUUUUUCUUGUUUUAUAGUAAAGUUAUAGGAUUGAAAACAAACGCAAAAUGUGGAGGAUAACCCCAUUAAGAAAAGAAAAAGUUACUAAGCCCUCUUGCUAUUGUAUCUUAGGCACUCUUAUUAUACCUACACUUCCUGAAAUGAAUCAAUGUUAGUGUGGAUGUAGAACCAUUAUAAAUUUUAUAAUGCUUAUAUGAUUUUAUGAAUGAGUAUGGUAUGAGUAGGUUCGUAUGACUUUAUGAAUGAGUUUGAGUAGGUUCAUGUCAUUUAUACUCAUUGUAAUUUUAAGUAAUUUAAGUUUUAAGACUAAUAAUAUUAAUUAUUACGCCUACUAGGGUACUACAAUAACUACUAUUACCUAGUUCUAAAUUUAGCAUACCAUUUUACAACGACUCGUAUGUAGCCUUCAAUCUAAAUUAUAAAUAUCUGGUGAUGGGUAGCAUAUUUAUUAUUAGCAUUAGGCGAUAGAUAGAAAUAGAAGGGAAAGCAUCCUAAGCAUAAUUCCCUAUAGAGCCCAGUGCUUCCUUAAACACAGUCAGGAUGAAUCCUUGUCAUUGAAUUUAGCCUUAAAUUAUUAUUCUUGAAGCAGUUUCGGCAAAAUAAAAAUAAUUAUUUUAAAAUACAGUUUUAUUGAACAAAAUUUAUCAAACAUCAAAUAAUUUUAGUAGUUCUCGACAUAAGAUUUUUUUUUUUUAAAUGUCAAUAUGAGUUAGUUUUUCGUUUUUUUACAGGUUUAUAAUACUAUUUAUACUAUGUAUUAAUGAUUAUAUGGGUAGAAUAGACUGCACCACCUCAUUUUGUGAGUGCGUUCUGUUGGUUGUGCAUUAAUACAGCUAAAAUAAUGCUUCUUUAAAUUGAUACUAGUUAAUGUAUGCUUUCAUUUUAAAAAAUGUGCGUUUUAUACAGCAAAAAAAAAAUGGGAUUCCUUAUAAUUAACAAAUUUCAUAGAUCAAGUGAAUGUCCUACUAAUUUAAUGAAUUUUGGUCAUAAUAUCAACUAAUAAAUGUCCUUGAUAAUACUCCAUUUCCAUUGAUGUUGACCUUUUUGUUCUACAUAUUAUUAUUACAUGCUGAUGGAUCAUUAUGAUUUUAAUGCCAAUUUAACCAGUAAACAAAACAGUGUAGAGUGCAAAAUUGAGAAGGCGUAGCGACUUUAUAUAACUAAAUUGUUAGCUUUCACUCAGACAUUUAAUAUGUGAGACUAAAAAUAAAAUUACUUCGCAACACAGUUAUGGAUAUUUUGAUUGAUAUAGUUUGUAAUCUGAUGACAUCUUCUUGUCAAAAGGCAGAAACGCGAAAUGUCAAUUGUAUUGGGCAUCGCUACAAUAACAAAUCGAGUCCUGGGAAGCUGCUGUUAUUCAUAGGGCUCAACUCACCCCUCAGUCUCUUCGGUUAUCAAUAGCCAAGGCUUUGUCACAAUUUUUUUUCAUUUAGCUGAUGUAGCCAGAGUUUUCAACUUUUUACAAUUUAAAAAAAAAAGUUCUUUACAUUACAUUUUUUAAUGUAUUUUGUAAGCAUUUUCAAUCCAAUUCAUCUUCUUAAAGGUUGGAAAUUAUCUUCGUAUGUUUAGAGGAUCUUUAUACAAGAGAUAUCCAUCUAUGUGGAGACGGUUAAUUACUAUUGAAGAAAGAAAGAAAUUAGCCAACAUGGGUAAGCAAUUAGUAACAGCUGCUUUAGGGAUAAUUAUAACUAAAAGCCAAUUAGAAUUUCUAAUCUUAAAAUUUGUUUCAUAUCGCUAUGAUCCAAAUGCAAAAUUUUCAUAGUCCAGUUCUUUUGUCUCGUGUUCCUUUUUAAAUAAAACCUCAACUUCUGAUAUCAGAAGAAAAACACUUAUCCCAGUACACAAUUUUUCCCCUCCUUUUUUAAAAAUAAAUUAUGUUUCUUUUAAAAACAUUUUGAAAUUUUAAAAAAAUAAGAGCCUUUUAAAUUUCAAUAAUUGUCCUUUUUGUUUACAGGAUACGGACAUCAUUCUUUAGCCACUAAUAUUACAUUGCUUAAAGCAAGUGAAGUGGAUGAAAUCAUCAGUGGCUUUGAUGAGAAAUAUAAAGCAGUAGCUCUCAGUUCAGAUACUUCAUUUAUUACGUAAGUGGCCUAAAAUUGAACAAUUUUACAUAGUCUUGUGCUAAUUUGUCAAUUGGAAUAUGUUCUUUUUAAUUAUCAAAUUUUCCAUUAAUAUUAUUUAUAGUGUUCAUGAUUUUGGUAAUUUUAUUCACUUUAAGACUAAUGGCCAUUUAAAAUAAUUAAAGUGGAUUUAUUUUUCCUCAAUAAUUUUAAAAUUACAUUCUUAAGUAAAUUUUGAAAAUUAAUAAUUCAACAUAUUUUGAUAGUGCUUUUACUUUUAGGUUAAGUAAUUUAAAUUAAUUCCUUGUUUAACUUAUGUUUUCAGGCAAACAGCUAAAAGCAAGAGGGGAAACAGCUGGGUGCCCUCCAUCCCUAGUAGUUCCCACCAUUUAGAUGCAGUGCCAUGUUCAACUCACAUAAAUAGAAACAGAUUAGCAAAGUCUAAAAUUCGAACCUUCCCACUGUGGUAAGUUCUUCUUUUGAAUUUGUUUCUAAUUUGUAAGAGACUUGUACUAUCAAAGCGACCCUGGUGAAAUUUAUAUUAUACCAAAAACACAUGUUUUAAAAUAAAAUAAAAAUUAUUUUACUGAUAUACUGAAAUAUAGCCAAAGCUGCUAUAACUUGUGGGAUUUUCAAUCCCAAACUAAAAAUGCGACAAGAUAUUAAUGUAUUCACCUAGGUAAGGGUGUAAAUGUUUGUCUAGUUUUUUUUAAAGUUUGAGAAUGUUCAGCGAAGAAAUAAAUAUUUUUUUCUCUUGAAUUGAACUAUAAUUUAUUUAAAAUGUAAUUGAUGAAAGAUUUCAUAACCUUCUAAAAAAAAAUUUUAAUGACAUUGGGGUAAGAAAUUUUAUGAUGGUAUUAAAGGUUAAGUUUCAUGUGGCUCCAAAGGUUAUAAUAGUAAAUAAAUAUUUGUUGGAUUCAUCUUUCAAUGAACUGUCUGAAAUUGAAUUGUUGACAGAACCUCAGUUACAGUUAAAGUGUUGUUUAGUGAUUCGGAAAAGUAAAUUGUUGGUGGUUGCCAAAUAGUUUUUUGUAUUUGCAAGACACGAGUUUAUUUCUUUUUUUCCAAUGACAUUAAUUGUAUUAGUCUAAAAAACAUUAACAACAUGAGAACCAGGGCAACACCUAGUUAGCAAGUAAAGAAUAAAUUCUUUUAACUACCGGUAUCAACUUUCUAAUCACUGAUUAUAACAUGAAAUGUGAAAGGAAAAAUAAGUUUAAAAAGAAAAUGUUAUUCCCUUGCCUCUAGUUUUGAUGACACAGAUCCAGCAGUGGUACAUGAAAAUUCAAACCAGAAGGAGGACUUGGUGCCAAUAAGAUUGGAUAUGGAAAUAGAAGGACAAAAACUUAGAGACUGCUUUACAUGGAAUAAGAAUGGUAAUCCUUUUUUUUUUUUUAUUUUCUUGAAAAAAAGAUGAGUUUGAUGCAUGUUUUAAAUUUGCAUGAUUGAUUCUGUGCUUCAUUCUGUUAAAGGUUAUAUUUUAAAAAGCUUAUUAUAUUAUAUAUCUGAUAAUCAAUAAUAAUUACAAACACCCAUUUAACUUAAAAAGCAAACAUCAAAGUUUCAAAAUACAAUUUAAUUUAAUUACAAUUAAAUGACUUUAUAAAAUUCUGUUAACAAGAAGUAAAUGAGAUUAUUACAAAGCAGUCAAAGACAAUAUAUAUUACUUUUUUUUUUCAGAAACCUCUAUCACACCUGAACAGUUUGCUGAAAUACUCUGUGAUGACCUAGAUCUGAGUCCCAUCAACUUCAUCCCAGCCAUUGCAGGAGCUAUAAGGCAGCAGAUAGAAAAUACAACAGUACCAGAGGCAGUGGAGGAGCAGUCAGAUCAAAGGGUAAUCAUCAAGGUAACAGAGCAAUAUUUUUAUAACAUGAACUAUUAAAUCAUCUGCCGUUGCUUUCUGGAAUGAUCUUUCAAUCAUCUUUAAAUUGUUGCUUUGAUUAGACAAGCCUUUAUUCAACUUCUCUUGGACUUGGAGAGAUAUGGAAAUAAUGGCUAUUUUUAUAUUGGCUACUUCUUUUUUGUUGUUUGACUGUCCCUUUAUUAAUAUGAAAUUUGUUUUCUUCUUCUAUAUAUUAAGGGCCCACGAUAAAUUUAUUGAUCAUUUUGGCUCCUAUGCAUGUAGAGGGGAUUUGCAAUGUUUUUGUGCCUUGUGUUGGUGAGGAUAUUUCACCUGUUGCAAGGGCCAUUUAGUGAGGGUAUCAUGCACUGGCGGUUGGAAGGCUUGAGGCAAUAGACGCAAGUUUUGUCACCUCAACUGUUCCUUUUGAAAGCUUGUUCCAGUCCCUGAUUGUCUUUGGCAGGAAUGAGCAGUUCCUAUACUGGCGUCUUGCUGAUAUGAGCGGGAAUAGCCUGUCAUGGCCUCGUCACUGUAUAUGGGGGAGAGGGACGAGUUUCUGUUUAAUGCUGGAGCAGUGGACCAGCCCAUUAUUUAUCUUGUACAUUACGGGAGCCUGGAUAGUUGUCAUGGUUCCUCCAGUGGGGACCAGCCUAGUGUUUUCCAGCAUGCUGGCAACACCAGAGGUAUUCCUGUAGGGGGUUCAGGUCAAAGUAUGCUGCCGUCGCUGGACCACCUCCAACCUGUUGAUGCUCUUCUGGGUAAAUGGGUCCCAGACUGAAGAUGCAUAAUCUAAAACCGGACGAACAAAUGGUUUACAAGCUCUUUCUUUCACACAGGAGUUGCCAAUCUUUAGAUUUACCCUUAAGAACCCUAGGGUCUUGUUUGCCUGGUGUUCUUUUUAGUCUCAAAGAGAACUAUGUCAAGGUUUUUUUGAAUAAUUUAAAUUUUAAAAAAAUUAUCCACUUUUUGAUUUCUCCCACAGUUAAAUAUUCAUGUUGGUAACAUCUCACUUGUAGAUCAGUUUGAAUGGGACAUGUCAGAGGUUCAAAAUAGUCCUGAGGAAUUUGCAACAAAAUUGUGUGCAGAAUUAGGUAUUUAAUGUCAACAUUUGUGUGAUACAUAGUUUAAAAACUCAAUUUUAUACUAGUUUAGAUAGUCUUGCAAGACUGUUUUUUUUUAAAAUGAUUUUUUUAUAACAAUGUGUACUUUUUCAAAAUUAUUGUCUCUCAACAAUUUUUUAGCCAUAUUAAAUAUGAGUAUACAUUGUUUUCAUUCUUUAUAAUGCUUUUAUCUUUGUUUUUCUUGACAGGGCUAGGUGGUGAAUUUGUGACUGCCAUUGCAUACAGUAUUAGAGGACAACUUAGUUGGCAUCAAAGAACAUAUGCAUUUAGGUGCAGCCUCUUCUAAUCCUUAGAUUUUUUUUGUGUGCUUAUUCAUUUAUUUGGUAAUCUAAAGUCAUUAGUUGUUUUUUUUGUGUGCUUAUUCAUUUAUUUGGUAAUCUAAAAUCAUUAGUUUUUAUACCAGAACAAACUCUGAGAUUAAUUUUGUUUUACAAAUUUGAAAAAUGAAGAAUUGUCUACAAUAAAACCAUUUGUUUGUUUACACAGUGAAGCUCCAUUGCCAUGUGUUGAAGUUGCAUUUAGAAAUCAAAAUGAAGCUGACCAGUGGUGUCCAUUCUUAGAAACUUUGACAGAUGCUGAAAUGGAGAAAAAAAUCAGAGACCAAGAUCGAAAUACGAGGUUGGUUUGUAGUUUUGUCGUUCUUAUUAAGUUAAGCAACAACAGAAUGUUUGAAUAGGUUUAUUGAUGUUAAACUAAAUGUGCUCAGUGCUAGAGUAACUUUUUUUUUUAAGCAAUGUUUUUUCAACAGUGUUUUUCUCUGCUCCUCCUCCCUUUCUGAAACUUUCAUUAGCCUGUAGAAUUUGAAACUUAAAGAAUUUUUUUUUUUUUUUUGUCCUUCUCAAACAGGCGCAUGAGGAGAUUGGCAAAUACAGCACCCACAUGGUAGCCAAGCUUAUCUCUAUCAUUAUUCUAUAUUUUUAAUGUCCAGAAAUGCAUUGUAUAACUGAAAAUGUGUAGGUCUUACUGCGAGUGAUUUUCAUUUAUGACAAUUAUUUGUGGAUUCCAAAAACUAUGUUCACUGAUCAAAUUGAUUUAUAAUUGUCUUGAUCAUUAAUAAUUUUUCAUUAUAUUUAUGAGUAAAUCUCAUAACUAGUCUUUUAAUUAAAAAUAAAAGAUUUGUAACGUGACGUAUACAAUAUGAAUUUGUGUAUGGUAAUUCUGGUAAAUAAAAAAAUGGCUUGUUGUACGUAUGAAAAUAUUAAAUUUUGUGUGUGUGUAAAUAUCAAUUGGCUUAAGCAGUUUAUUUGGUGUUUUUUUCUAUAAAAUAAAAAAAUGUUUUUUUGUUAGUAUUGACUUAUGUUGUCUUAUAUUUCUGUACCAGUGAGUUAU